AUGUCCAAACAACAUCUCAACAAGAAAAAGCACGAAGAAACCACAGCAACCUAUGACAUGUGGGCAAGUAGUAGUAGUGAUGAUGAUGAGGAAAACAACAACAUGAAAGACGAAGAUGAACAAAGAUUGUUGCAAGAUGAUGCUUCCGAUGAUGGCGACAACCGAGAAGAGCCCCAAACACAAGAGAGUAGCAUUAAAGAAAUAUUGGACAAUGCCGAUGAUGACAAACCCAUCUUUCUACUCUCUCAAUUUCCUUCGGAGAUGGAAGUUAAAUUCAUUACAGAGAAUUACCCUUUAAAAGUUUCGGAAAAUGCUUUCAAAGUGCCCUCUAAUUUCACAAGAUUUGGUCUUUCGGAAGUCAUCAAUCAACUCUUAAUUCAAGAACAUUCAGAAGAAAAUCAUCCAAAACAUGUUCCUUUUGAAUUUUUGAUCGAAUAUAAACCUGGAAAGAAGAUAUUCUUGAGAACAAGCCUUGCAAAAUUCUUCACAAAACUUCAAAUUUGGCCAGAAUCAGCCAUUACUUUGGAAUAUAUUGAAGCACAACCUGCUCCAAAAUGCGUGGAUAGCAUUCCUCAUGAUGAUUGGGUGAGUGCAUUGUCAUUGGUCGUUCACACCUCUGGAAACCAUCUCACUUCCAAUGUUUCCGAUAAUCAAUACCUCAUUUCAGGAUGUUAUGAUGGUGUGGUGAGGGUUAUUGAUACCACACUCGGUAAAAUUGUGCAUCAAACCAAACAAUCCAAAGUGCCAAUUACUGGACUUGCUACGUGUUAUAUUGCAGAACAUCAUACAAGUGCAGAAGACAAAUCGUUUUCUGUAGGUGACAUUCUGAUUGCUGGUUGUGGUAAAGACGAGUAUGGAAGGGUUUGGGUUUCAAAUCCAUCUGAAGGAAAGAUGAGAAUGAAAAUGUUAUUGAAUGGUCACACAGAUACUGUGAAUGAUAUUUGUUUGCAUCCACGAGGAACUAUGAUUUGCACUGCUUCUGAGGAUAGAUCCUUAAAAUUAUGGGAAGUGGAUUUGACACGAUCUAAGAGCUCACUUUUCUAUGAAAAUAAUCUUCCAGCUAAGGAUGAUAACGAUGAUGAUGAAGAUUACAAAGAACCAACGAAAAAGAAGAAGAAAAUGCCAUCCCAAAUUCAACAAUAUGCACCCAUUGGAACACUGGAAAGAAAAGAGAGCGAUAACCAAAAUGGACAUCUCUUGGGAGUGACUUGUGUCAAAUGGAUUGAGGGUGGAAGGAUUGUGUCUGGAAGUUCUGAUCACACCAUUCGUGUAUGGGAUGUUGCGACAGGUGUUAACAAUAUUACACUCAACGGUAGUAAGGUUGUCACAUCUAUUUCAGUUAAGGACAACUCAGACAGUACAACAGUACUGAGCUCUCACCCAGACUUUUUGAUUCGAUUGUGGGAUGCUCGACAAGGAGGUUCUAAAAAAGCAUCUCUUUUCAGAUCACACCGAGGAUGGGUUCGAAAAGUGAAAUGGGUGAGUGACUUUCAAUUUAUUUCAGGAGGUGACGACAAUGUUGUGAAGCUUUGGGACAUUAGAAGUGGAAUUCCAAUUCACAGCACGCCACACUCUGUAAAUCCAGAAAGAAAAACCAUUUCAACAGAUAAGGUUCUCUCGAUUGAAGGUUUUGCUCCUUUGGAAGGUCAAAUUAAGGAGCAACAUCACGUUGGCCAAUUGAAAUACCAUUUAUUCUCUGGUUCUACGGACUGCACGCUCAAAAAGCACACGAUGGGACAAUAA